UGUUAGUCAGUCGUUGCCUUACUAAGGUCUGCGUUGGUUACGGUUUGUUGAAAGCACCAGGUCACGUCGCGCGUAAAGUGAAACUUACGUACAUAUUGAAAAAAAAAAAAAUAAUUGUUGAAGACACUCGCUUUAAUAGCGCUCAUCAGAACAUGAAUCGAUUAAUAAGCUUUGCUUUUAUAUUUCUACAAAUAUUAAUAAUUGUCAAUGCCACUGGCUUCUACACUAUAGUUGCUCCGGGCACAAUUCAACCUAAUUAUGACUAUGCUGUAAGUGUUACCCUGCACGAAGCGGCAGAAGCGGCAACAAUAAAACUAGACAUUACCAGUCAGAAAUACAAUGUGAGUAAAACUAUUGAUGUAGCACCCUCGGAUACGCAAGUGGUACACUUUGAUAUUCCCAAAAUCGAGGAUGGCGACUACAAGUUGCAGACCGAAGGAUUGAAGGGUCUUAUAUUUAAAAACUCUACCGAUUUGGUGUACAAAGAUGAAAAGCCCAAAGUCUAUAUACAAACUGACAAAGCCGUUUACAAACCAGGUGACUUGGUGCAAUAUCGCAUUUUGGCUCUGGAUGAGAAUACCAGACCAGCGAGGCUGGAUGAGCCCCUUAAUGUUGGAAUUCGUGACGGUGCUGGCAAUCACAUUAAACAAAUGAAGGAUGUUAAAUUUGACAAAGGUGUUUUCAGUGGCAAGUUUCAGUUGUCGGAACAACCUGUACUGGGCAAUUGGGUGAUUGAGAUUACCCAUGGUGAGGAAAAUAAGCAAAAGACCGAGAAGCAUUUUGAGGUGGCCAAAUAUGUUCUACCCAAGUUUAGUGUUGAACUUGAGGCUCCCAAAGAGGUGGCCAUUUUCGAUGGUAUUAUUAAAAUGACAGUACGUUCCAAGUAUACCUAUGGUAAACCGGUUAAGGGCAAGGCUACGGUAACCAUAGCUCAAUCUCCUCGCACUGAAGCUGCCGAAAAGACCAUCGAUGUCGAUGGCAAGGGUCAUUUGGAAUUUGAUUUGGUUAAAGAUUUAAAAUUCGAUAGAAGUCAAUUCGACGCCAUGAACAAAGGACAACUCAGAUACUACACUUAUUUGGCACCCCUGCAGAUAUUGGCGGUUGUAACCGAAGGCUAUACGGGUAACGCACAAAACAAGUCCGCCUCGGUAAAUUUGGAGCAAUCGCGCUAUCGCAUAACCGUUCCCGAAAGUCCCAACGAAUACGUUCCCAAGAAGCCAUUUGAAAUUAAGGCUAUAAUUCAAAAGCUAGAUGGCAGCCCCGUUCAGGACGCCAAAUCCAGGGCCAAGCUCAUUAUUAAAAAACAAAGCUAUUACUGGGGAACGCCAGAAGAAAAGACCGAGUCUAUUGUUUACGAGAGUGCUGUUAGUAGCGAAGGUAUGGUAACAUUUAUGGCAACAAUACCCGAUGAAGGGUACUAUGGUGAUGUCACCAUAGAGUUUGAAGAAAAAACCCAUUACUUGCCAGGCUUGCGAUCUGUAGAAGAGGCCAAAAAGGAUGAGAAGAAAGAAGAUGAUAUUGGGCCAUUGAAGUUAGUUCAAAAGACCGAAAAAGCUCACCUGGGCGAAGAUGUGCAAUUCGAUGUGAAAUCAGACGAACCUAUGUCCUAUUUCGUUUACGCAAUUAGUGGACGCGGAAAAGUCUUGAAACACGAAUACGUGAAAUUAGACGAAAAGACAAAAUCACAUUCAGUGACCUUUAAACCAACUUUUGAAAUGGUGCCCAGUGCCAAAAUCUAUGCCUAUUUUGUGCGGAAUGGUGACUUGAAAUUCAAUGAAUUAACCAUAAAUUUCGAUGACGAAUUUGAAAAUAAGAUUGUAAUAACCGCUCCCGAACAGGCCAAACCAAGUGAAGAGAUCACCUUAAACAUCAAAGCAGAUCCUGAUUCCUUCAUUGGUUUAUUGGGUGUAGAUCAAAGUGUUUUACUUUUACAAUCUGGCAAUGAUUUCGAUCCCAAGACCAUCAGGAACGACUUAAAUUCUUACGACACGAGAACCCCCUAUGUACGCGGCUAUGGUGAAUAUCCAGGAAAAACUUCUGGCCUAGUGACACUUACUAAUGCCAACUAUCCCUACAACAUGGUUUUCGUGCCACGAUUUCGUCCUCCAUUCCUUCGUAAAAGAAUCACAUCUUCCGUAAAUGGUGUUGGCAGGCCAGCUACAGGACCAUCGGUUGCGAUGACCCACUCAAGUGUUCCUCAUGCAGGUUACUCAAGUAUGAAUAAGUCAUAUCAAAUGCCCCAAAUGAUGGCUCCGAAACCAGUCAUUAAACCGAAUGUGCGCAAAGAGUUUAUUGCAACGUGGAUUUUCGAUAAUAUCACCAACACUGAUGCCAAGGGGUUGGCUACUUUCACCAAAAAAAUACCUGACACCAUUACCUCCUGGGUGGUUACCGGAUUUGCCAUUAAUGAGAAAACUGGAUUUGCCAUGGCCGAAAAUGCCACUAAGAUACGCGUCUUCCAGCCAUUCUUUUUGAGCACAAAUUUACCCUAUUCGGUGAAGAGAGGUGAAGUCAUUUCCAUACCCAUUGUGGUCUUCAAUUAUAUGGAAAAAGCAUUGGAGGCUGAAGUUACCAUGGAGAACACGGAUCAAGAGUAUGAUUUUACCGAGGCCACCAAUGAUAUCGAGGAGACUGUUUUGGAAGAGAAGCAGAGAACCAAGCACGUUACAGUGCCCUCCAAUGGCGGGCAAACCGUAUCGUUUAUGAUCAGGCCCAACAAAGUUGGAGACAUUACUCUAAAGAUAAAGGCCAUUACGGCUCUAGCAGGUGAUGCUAUUCAUCAAAAGCUUAAGGUGGAACCCGAAGGUGUUACUCAGUUCGAAAAUCAGGCCAUAUUCAUCAGCAAUCCCAAUAAGGAGCCAACAAAGUACGACCUUAAAGCUGACAUACCCAAAGAGGCGGUUCUGGAUUCUGAAUAUCUGGAAUUUUCUGUUGUGGGAGACAUUUUGGGUCCCACAAUUAAGAAUAUUGACAAAUUGGUGCGCAUGCCCUAUGGUUGUGGUGAACAGAACAUGGUAAAUUUUGUGCCCAAUAUAUUGGUGCUCUACUAUCUGGAUGCCAUUAAAAAGGACAUGCCAUUGAUUAGUCAGAAAGCCAAAAGCUUCAUGGAAUCCGGCUAUCAGAGAGAAUUGACCUAUAAACACAGCAAUGGAGCCUACAGUGCCUUCGGGGAGGGACGCAGUGAACCCAACAGUUGGCUAACUGCUUAUGUGGCCCGUUCAUUUAUUCAAGCCAAGAAAUACAUCACCAUUGACCCAGCUGUCAUUGAACAGGCAUUGGAGUUUGUGGCCAAGACACAAGAAGAAGAUGGCCAUUUCCCACAAAAAGGCAAACUAUUCCAUCCCGCCCAUCAAAAUGAUGUAGGAUUUACUGCCUUUGCUUUAAUGGCUCUGCUGGAAGAUACGGUUUAUGCUGAGAAAUACAAAUCUCAAAUUCAAAAAGCCCUGCAAUAUUUGGCCGAUAACAUUGAGAAGGAGGACAAUGCCUAUGCUUUGGCCAUAGCAGCGGUGGUCUUGAAUAAAGUCACUCAUCCCAGUGCUGGCAAACUUAAGGAGAAACUGGAAAAGAAAUCCACUUUUGAGAAUGGCUUAAAAUGGUGGUCCAACUCGAACAAGGAUCAUGCCAAUGACAUUGAAGUGACCGCUUACAUCUUGCAAUCCCUGGUGGCUACUGAAGAAGCAGGUAAAUUGUUGCCCAUCAUCAAGUGGUUAGUGGGUCAACGUAACAGCCUUGGUGGUUUCGAUUCCACCCAGGAUACAGUUGUUGGCCUUCAGGCGCUCAUAAGUUUUGCUGAAAAAUAUACUGCCGCUGGUGAUGGUAAAAUGUCCAUUGAUUUUGAAGCCCAAGAUGGAGAUGGUGAGAAAACCACCCAAGGCCAAUUUUCGGUGGACAAAGAUAACUCGCUGUUACUGCAAACACAUGUGCUCCCCAAAUCGAGCCGUCAAAUUUCAAUGACCGCUACUGGUGAAGGUUCAUCUUUGGUUCAACUUUCAUAUCGUUACAAUCUGGCCUCCAAGGACAAACAGCCCAGCUUCGCAGUCAAACAGGAACGUAAACAAUCCCCAAAUCCUCAACAAUUAUUAAUGAAUGUCUGUGCAGAAUAUCAACCUCAAGCCGAAAACGAAAUGCAAGAGUCUAACAUGGCUGUUAUGGAAAUCUCUCUGCCCUCCGGCUAUACUGCUGAUGCUGACAGUUUCGAUAAAAUUCGUGAUGCAUCACAGGUCCAAAGAGUGGAAACUAAAAACACCGAUACUGUCAUUAUUAUCUACUUUGAUAGUUUGAUUGCCAAAAAGCCCGUGUGUUUCGAUGUUGCUGCCGACAAAUCGCAUGCUGUUGCCAAGCAAAAGCCGGCCGCAAUCACCGUUUAUGACUACUACAAUACGGAGCAACGAGCCACUGUCUACUAUGAAGUCAAAACAUCACUUUGUGAUAUUUGCGAUAAGGAUGAAUGUGGUAAAGGAUGUAGCAAGUAAAUUGACUUCAGCAUACAUCCGCUGAUACUUUGCUAUCAAUCAAUUUUCUAUAUUUAAAUGUAAUUUUUUUCUUUUGUUCCAAAUAAAAUAUAUCGAUGUAAAUGUAA